AUGUUAAACAAGAAUCGACUCUCACGAGCCCAAAAGGAUGACCUUCUGGGCGCUUUCAGCGAUGCUUGGGAGCUAGAUCAACCAUUGUCCGACGGCGUCGAAAAUUUCCUAGUCAACAAGCUCAUUCCGAGGUCAAUUCAGUGCAUUUCCCCUCCAAAUAAUGCAGAAAACGUCGUAGUUCUCCAAUCGUCCUGUGGUCGCUUUCUGACAGACUACACAACAGGCGUGGAUCCCUUUGAGAUAUCCCCCACUCGUCCGGAGAUGGAGAUGGGAGAUGUCAUGAAUGCUGUACACGAAUAUGUUGCGGCCCUGUAUGAUGCUGGAGAAGAGUGGCUUGUCCAUUGGUGGACGCUGUACGAUGUUGCGUGGGCAGCGGAAGCAGCUGUCAUACAAUCAUGUCUUUCUGAAGUCGACAUGAUUGCCACUGCUCCCUUGGAUGACUCGAACGUUGGAAACGCGACAUCUGCCGGCAAUGGAGGUUCAGUAAAACCUGAUCAGGUGUUGGCUUUAAUCUUCGCCCAACAAGAUUUUGGUCCAAAUCAGCCUCGACACUCCAAUCUGGUCCGCUCGCUCACGGCUGCGCUUCUCGACGCAAAUGAUCUCCAAUCUUUCAAUGGAGACAAGGCUCCGUUUGCGGGAAUUCCUGGAAGCUUCAUAACCCGCUUCACUGGAUUCCUUGGAAACCGCGCGCGUCGUCUCAGGGACUGCAACGGCGAGGUGCGAGCGUUAUUAAACCGUUUUAAGAUGCAAGUGGAAAACUGGUGCGGUGACGCGUCUUCAUUGAACUCCCGCGACAGACGUCACAUUGGCGGACAGUACUUUCCGCUCUUCGUUGUCGACUGUCCAAAACAACACCCGAUACCGAGCGUGAUCUUGAACGACAAGCUCUCGCCGUCUCAACGUAAUCUGUUCCAGAAUCACCAAAAUACUCCAGAACCAUUUCAGCUGGGUGACAAUGUCUUCUGUCCGUAUUGUGAUGAUGCAAAUUCCAGGCCGAUCAAGCAGGCUCGUUUGGUGCAACCCUUGUCCUUCGUUUUUACUGCUCUCGAAGACGCGCUUGACAACGGCCCAGCUAACCAAUAUUCGAGUACCCGGGAUCCGGCAGAGGAUGACCCCCAGCCUCCAGUAAAUAUCACGCCAUGUCUGGAUAGGCCGUUCAAUCCAUCGAUGCACUUCCCGGACCAAUCUCUACAGAUUGUGCUCCCUGAUCCACGUGAUCGUCCGCCGUCAUUCCGUAGCAGUGAAAGUAACGUCAGCUCUACGAAAGGCUUCAAGGGCAUAUGGAAUCGGUUUACGAACAGAAGCUCCGCGCCUGGAUCGGGCAGCGCGUCUCCCAAGACCCCGAUAAGCCCUUUACCAGUCCUAUCAGCCAGUCCACUGCCGAACUCACUCCGAUUCGGGUUCUCUGCUUCCGGGAGGAAUGCGCUGUUCUGGGAAGGGAGAGGUUAUUAUAUAGUGAGGAUCCCAAUGGGCCCUUCUCCGCUUCAAGGCCAAAGACUGGGCCUCAUAUCGAACAGGUCUGACGGAAGCAGCGAAAAUAGCGAUAAGUCAAGGAGGUUGCUUGCUGCUGCAGGAGACAGUUGCGCCGCUGCGGUUGUAAGCGAUCAAAAGGUUUAUAAACUCUUCGUCUUCGAUGCCCAGGGCAGGAUGUUUGAAGCACCGAACGAGCAGCUGAUGGAUGACGGCCGGAGCCAGAUCAUGUGUGUUGCCAUGUCUUGCAACGAUAUAUUGAUUGCGUUGGGCUUCGGAAAUAAGGUGCAUUUACAUGCAUUCAGCGACGACAAAGUAUUGUACAAGAGAGAGUUCGGCAUACACACGCCCCAAGCGGGUCAAGUCAGGACCAUCAAGCGGCAGAAAAUGAGCUUUUCUCCGGACAGUCAGAAGCUUAUCGUGGCAACACACGGGUCGGAUGACUGUAUAAGAAUCCGCAGCUGGGACUGUGGCGAGGUACCAAGCCAGGAUGUUCACCUUACGGUUAAAGCGAUUACAACGGGUCCGGCCGACUCAAACGGGGUCUCAUCCAUAUUCUACGACCAUUUGAACUCCAAGAUAUUCAUCGCGGCGACCUCCAAAAUAGUCAUCGCGGCGACCAGCAGGCCGUACCAUAUGAUAAUCGAUGGAAAAGAGAAAGGAUCUCUGAACAUCGGAGAUAGCAGAAUUCUGGGCUCAGCGCAGAGCCCAGUUGCUUCCCAACUAGUCCUGAUUGACCACCAGCAAAGGAUUUACCGAGCCGACUUGACAACCUAUCGUGCGACCCUGGUCAUGGAUCUCGCCACGCAGCCACAGCAAAGGGAUCCCUCUUGGCAAGAGAGAGACGUAGCACUUGCUAUGCCUAAUGGAUCCACUAUGUAUGUGCUCUGGACCAAGGGGGCCGAUCUGGUGCUAGCAACAGUUCAGACUGCCAAUCCUAAGGCUCAAGCGACCCUCACUAUUAAGAGCUUGCGGGAAUGCUUUGACCUUGCGAACAGCUCUUGA